GGUACGUAGAGAGUUGAAGCUGACAUAAAGCUCCAAAAGAAGAUGUAGCAGGAAAAAAAAUAAGUAACUGCCUUAAAUAAUAGGACCUUUGUAAAGGGUUUGUGUUAUAUGCAUCAAACAAUCGCAAAUGUUUAUUAAUCAGACCACAGAACAGUUAAUAAUGUUCACGCUGCGUGAAAAAUGCUUUACUUGAAUGUAGUAAAAGUCUUACCGUUGCGUGCUUCACUACGAUAUGACCCCUUGUUGUCUUGUGAGAUUAUGUGGGGCUGUAGGAGAAGGGGAUGCCCGCUCGUGUUACAGAUUUCUCCGCAAGGAAAACUGUUAGCUAAUGAUAUCAAGGGGGGUUCGAUUAUUUUGGGGGGAAUCUGCAAUCGUAAACAAGUGGCCCUUCUAUCUGUUAUUGGGGAAUGAACGACGAGAAAACCCCGGGUAGCAGCAAGCGAAACUCUGGGUGUACCAGUAUUGAGCAAAUGCUGGCUGUGAACCCCGGGAAGACACCCAUCAGUCUGCUGCAGGAGUAUGGAACGCGGAUAGGCAAGACCCCGGUGUACGACCUGCUGAAGGCCGAAGGCCAGGCCCACCAGCCCAACUUCACCUUCCGCGUGUCUGUGGGAGAUAUCAACUGCACGGGCCAGGGUCCAAGCAAGAAGGCCGCCAAACACAAGGCCGCAGAAGCCGCCCUGAAGAUGCUCAAAGGAGGGAUGCUGGGAGGCUUAGGAGGAAACGGAAUGGAUGGAGAGGGAUUUGUGAGCAUAGACAUUGCCUUGGACGGAGACUGCUCCCAGUCAGAGAUAAAGUCUUCCAGUUCUAGCCAGCAAGCUGAGUGUAAUCCAGUUGGAGCUCUGCAGGAGCUGGUGGUGCAAAAAGGUUGGCGUUUACCUGAAUACACAGUGACCCAGGAGUCUGGGCCUGCACACCGCAAAGAGUUCACCAUGACAUGCAGAGUGGAGAGAUUUGUUGAGAUUGACAAAGGUAGUGGGACAUCCAAAAAACUUGCCAAGCGGAACGCAGCGGCAAAGAUGCUUUCCCGGAUACAUGAUGUGCCUGUAGACAUGCGCAGCAGUCAUGAAGCAGAAGCUGAGGAUGACACCUUCAAUUUGAACAUAAGCGGCAGGCUAGAGGGAGGGAAGUGUAAAGGUUUCGGAUGCACAUGGGAUUCUUUGCGGAACUCUGCUGGGGAGAAGAUCCUGCAGCUGCGUAGUAACCCUCUGGGCUUGCCCAACUCCAACUUCUGCUCACUGCUCCACGACCUCUCUGAAGAGCAGCGAUUUGACGUCAGCUACCUGGACAUAGAGGAGCGCAGUCUUAGUGGCCUGUACCAGUGUCUGGUGGAGUUGUCCACUCAGCCCAUCACUGUGUGUCAUGGGUUCGCUCCUAGCCAGGAUGCAGCUCGGGCUAGUGCAGCAUACAAUGCUCUCCAGUACCUCAAAAUCAUGGCUGGAGGAAAGUGAGGCCAUGCUCAUGGUGGGAACAUGAAUUCAUGGAGUUGAUAAGUUUACCUCUUCAGACUGCAGUGUUGUCAGCUGCAGGAUUACUGGAUGUUAUUGGCCCACACUGUUCCACUUUAUUAUGGUCCAAAGAUGUUUGACUCUCCCAGAGAGGCUCUUCCAGAAGAGGAUUCAGAACUGCCCUUCCCCUCUCCCAUACUACAAUAACUAUCAAGAAAAUUGGUGAUUUUCAUUUUAAACUGAGUCAGUUACCCAUGUGAAGAAUUUUAUUGAUGAAUUAUCUUGGGACUUGUCCUGAUAUUCCUACAUUUUAAUCUUUUUUGUAUUUACCAUUUGACUUUCAAACUAACCAUGUAGUUUGUUUUCAGAUUUUUAAUUAAAAGAAGUGAAGCUUGCUGGUCAUAACAUGCUGUUGAUUCUCCUUCUAUAUAACUGGAUUCCAAAAUUUCAAAUCAAAGUCAGAAAUACAUAUGUAUUCAGUUUCAAAUACAGGUUGAAUUAUAAUUAUUUAAAACUUAAUUGUUUUUAAUGGGUUCAUAUGGGAAGAAUCUUUUUUGUCAUUGAAUGCACAACACUCCUUGUGCCAUGUAGUUGUGACCUCUAUGGUGUUUACUUAAGACCAUGUAUACUAUGUAAUUGCUAACAUUUUAUAUUGUAUAUGAAUAAAUAUGAAAUAAAGUUGGCACAUAGUUUACAGUU